AUGAAGAUCACUGCUGCUGAACUCCUGGCCUUGGUCAGUUUGGCCUCGACGGCUGCUGCUGCACCUCAGAAACGAUCCGUCUCAUCCACGGUCCUUGCCCAGCUCAGUCGAUAUGCCCAAUGGUCCGCCGCAGCCUACUGUUCCGGCAACACCAGCGGUGCCAACCAAGUCGUCUCGUGCUCCGCCAACAAUUGUCCCGAUGUUCAAGCCUCGGGGGCCAUGAUGCUCUACGAAUUCGACAGUACAAACACCUACGGCGACGCAGCAGGCUUCCUCGCCGCCGACACCACCCAGCAACAAAUCAUCCUCUCAUUUCGCGGUAGUCGCACCACCAGCAACUGGAUUGCCAAUCUCGACACCGAACUCACUUCGAGCACCCUCUGCUCUGGCUGUGAAGUCCAUCAGGGCUUCUGGCUCGAUUAUCAGACCGUAGCCGCAACGCUGAAAGCCCAGAUCGAUGCCGCGCUGAACACUUACCCCGGUUACUCGCUCGUGGUCACGGGUCAUAGUCUGGGUGGUGCAUUGGCGAUGCUUGCUGGUUUGGAUUUGAAUAGUCAGGGAUAUGCACCGACUAUUUACACAUACGGCCAACCACGCGUCGGUAAUCUCGCUCUAGCUCAAUACAUCACCAACGUGGGCAAUCAGUGGCGCGUGACGCACGCCGACGACGCCGUGCCCAAGCUUCCUCCUCGUUUGUUUGGAUUCAGUCACGCCAGUCCCGAGUACUGGAUUACCAGUGGGGAUAAUGUGGCGGUGACUACGGGUGAUGUGACCGUGGUGACCGGGGUCAAUUCGCUGGGUGGUAAUGAUGGGACGCUGACGGCCAGUGUUUCGGCGCAUAAUUGGUAUCUUGUUGAUAUUGAUGCGUGUAAGUGA